UAUAGCUAAGAACAUAAUCUUCAUUGAUAAUGAAAAUUAUAUAAAAAUGCGUUCCGUUGCAGGUACAUUUGUGUUUUGUGACUUACCUCAAGAACAAUGCGCUCCUUGAUCGUUCUCGCUCUUUUCGGAGUCGCUCUGGCGGCGCCCAAGGCCAGCCAGCGCGUGGUCGGCGGAGAGACCACCACCAUCGAGGAGAACCGCUUCGUGGCCGACAUGGAGUACUCCAACCGAGGAGUCUACUUCGAGCCUUCCUGCGGCGCUGCCCUCGUCAGCAACAACGUCCUCAUCUCCGUCUUCUCCUGCUACAACGGUGACGAAACCUUCCAAUGGCGCGCACGUCUCGGAACCUCAGUCUCUGGCAGCGGCGGCUCCGUGCAGACCCUGAAGAGCAUUGUGCCCCACCCCGAGUUCGACAGGUACAAGAACGACGUCGCCGUCAUCAUCCUCAACAACGUGGUCACCCUCACCACCAAGAUCGGUCUGGCUCGUCUCGCCGGCGCCAGCUACAUCCUGCCUGCGGGCUCCACCAUCACCGCCCUGGGAUACGGAUCUGAAGUCGAGGGAGUCGAGGAGUCCGCUGAGCUGAAGAAGGUUGACGUGAACAUCGUCGACCAGCAGACUUGCUUCGCCAUCUACGACGCUGUCCAGGAGGAGUUCCCCUACUGGCCCACCAUCGACGCCGGCAUGGUCUGCACCGGCGUCUCCGCCGACGGUGGCAGUGCCUGCUACGGUGACAACGGUGCCCCCGUGGUCACUGACGGUGACGUCCUCUACGCCAUGUCCUCUUGGGGCAAGAACUGCGCCGAUGAAGAGCACCCCAUCGUCAACACCCUCGUCCCCCGCUACACCGAAUGGAUCAUCUCUGUCGCUGAAGGCUCUGCCUAAGUCACAUCUAUGUGUUGCCGAAAAUUGUCGCAUACAAACAUCUUUGCGAGAACGUAUGAGUUUUGUCAUAUAAAUAGUUAAGAUUCA